AUGGCUGACAAAAGAGUUAAUGUGCUCGUCUACUCGGGCAAUGGUUCUACUGUCGAAUCUGUUCGUCACUGUCUCUGGUCUUUGCGCCGGCUUCUCGGUCCUAACUAUGCUGUCAUCCCCAUCACUGGAGAGACUGUUCUCAAAGAGCCAUGGACGGCAUCUUGUGCUCUGUUCGUCAUGCCUGGCGGAGCGGACGUUGGUUACUGUCGCAGUCUGAACGGCGAAGGUAACCGUAAAAUCUCCGCCUAUGUCAACAAGGGUGGCGCCUAUCUUGGUCUCUGUGCUGGUGGUUACUAUGCAUGCAAGCGCUGCGAGUUUGAAGCCGGCAAGAAGGGUAUGGAAGUUUGUGGUGAUAGAGAACUUGGCUUCUAUCCCGGCACUUGCAGGGGUCUUGCUUUCCCUGGCUUUGUCUACCAUAGUGAAGCUGGUGCCAGGGCAGCUGAGUUGAGCGUGAACAAGCAAGCCUUGACCACUGUCGGUGGAGCUGUGCCUGAAACUUUCCGCUCAUAUUACAAUGGCGGCGGUGUCUUUGUCGAUGCUGAAAAGUACAAGGAUCAAGGUGUGCAGGUGCUUGCAAGCUAUACCGAGCGUCUGCACGUCGACUCUGGCGAAGGCACUGCUGCUGUGGUAUACCGCAAGGUAGGCGAAGGCUCUGUCAUCUUGACUGGCCCGCAUCCUGAGUUUGCUGCAGUCAAUCUGACCAAGGGUGGUGACAAUCCUGCCUAUCCAAGAAUCGUCGAGGCUCUCGCUACAGACGACAAGCAACGUGUCGAUUUCAUGAAGGCAUGCCUGGCCAAGCUCGGAUUGAGUCCUAGCCAGGAUAACCAAGGUGUACCUUCGUUGUCUCGCCUGCAUCUGUCGACGCUUGAAGCCUCGGAAGUUUCGAAAAUUGCAUCUUCAUGGUCUGAAAUUGUCGAAGAAGUCGACGGUAAGCAUCUGGUCAAAGGCGAAAAUGACACCUUCAGCCUUGAAAAGCAAAGCGGACCAUGGAAAGCCGGAGAGUCUAGCACUCUCAGCCUGCAAAAGGUCGCCGAUGCUCUGCCUGCCGUGGUAAAAGACAUCCUUCCCACCGCUAUCAGCAACCCAUCAUCCACCACAACCGCCGAGCAAGAACCCGCCAACCAAGACACCGGCAUAGUCGACUACGACAAAAUCACAAAAACCCUCUUGGUUCACGACACCUCCCUUCCCGACACAAAACAAACCCCCUACUUCAACCACCACGCCUACUUUGCAAACCUCUCGGCCUACAAGACCAAACACCACCACCACACCUCCGAAAGCUUUGGAAAUGUGCUUCUAUACGGAGAAGUCGUUACUUCUACAUCCACCCUCCUCGAGAAGAAUCCAAAACUGCUAGAGAAACUGCCGAUAGGUACUACAGCAACGGCAACAACGCAGGUUGCCGGUAGAGGCAGAGGUAACAAUGUGUGGGUUUCUCCUCCUGGCUCUUUGAUGUUCAGUACCGUGUUACGCCACCCGAUGGCUCUUUCUUCCACUGCGCCUGUGGUGUUUAUCCAAUACCUAUGCGCCCUCGCCAUCGUCUCUGGUAUCCACAACUACGACCGCGGCUACUCUUCCCUCCCCGUGAAGCUAAAAUGGCCCAACGACAUCUACGCCCUCGACCCCUCCAAAGGCCCUAACGCCAACACUUCCGACCCAAAAAACUACGUCAAAAUCGGCGGAAUCUUGGUAAACAGUUCCUACUCUGGCGGCGACUACACUUUGAUCUGCGGAAUCGGUCUAAACGUCUCCAACACUGCGCCCACAACUUCCCUCAAUGCUUUAUGUUCUGCCGCCAAACUGCCUCCCAUGCAAGGAGAAAAACUUCUCGCGUCUAUCCUUGUAAACUUUGAGAGUUUGUAUUUGAGGUUUUGUCAUGGUGGGUUCACGCCGUUGUUGGAUGUUUAUUAUGGACAUUGGUUGCAUAGCGAUCAGAUUGUGACACUGGAGCAGGAGGGAGGUGCAAAGGCUAGGAUCAAGGGAAUCACUAGUGAUUGGGGACUUUUGGUUGCAGAGGAAUUGGGUUGGGAAGAUAGGCCUACGGGAAGGAAGUGGGAGUUGCAGAGUGAUAGCAAUAGUUUUGAUUUCUUCAGGGGCUUGUUGAAGAGAAAGACUUGA